UGUAAAUACGCAGGACGUGGCUCGGGGAAGGUGUCGGUACGAGCUCAGCGGCCGCAGCUGGAGAGCUCCUUGGCAGAGACGCUGGACAGCAGCGGCAGCUUGGACGCCCAGAGAACCGACAUGAUUUACACGAUUGAAGACGUUCCUCCUUGGUAUCUCUGCAUAUUUUUGGGGUUACAGCAUUACUUGACGUGUUUCAGCGGAACGAUAGCAGUGCCCUUUCUCUUAGCUGAUGCCAUGUGUGUGGGAUUUGACCAGUGGGCUACCAGCCAGUUGAUCGGGACCAUUUUCUUCUGCGUGGGCAUCACUACGCUGUUACAGACAACCUUUGGGUGCAGGUUACCCUUGUUCCAGGCGAGUGCUUUCGCGUUCCUGGCGCCCGCUAGAGCAAUCCUGUCCCUGGAGAAGUGGAGGUGCAAUAAUACAGAUAUAACAGUUACAAACGGAACAACAGAGCUGCUUCACACUGAGCACAUCUGGUAUCCCAGGAUACGAGAGAUCCAAGGUGCAAUCAUCAUGUCCUCCUUGAUAGAAGUGGUGAUCGGUUUGCUCGGCCUCCCCGGCGCCCUGCUGCGCUACAUCGGACCUCUGACCAUCACCCCGACGGUUGCUCUCAUCGGCCUCUCCGGUUUCCAGGCUGCUGGGGAAAGAGCAGGGAAACACUGGGGCAUCGCCAUGCUGACUAUUUUCCUCGUCUUGCUGUUUUCUCAGUACGCCAGGAAUGUCAAAUUUCCCUUGCCCAUUUACAAGUCCAAGAAAGGAUGGACAGCGUACAGGCUGCAGCUCUUCAAGAUGUUCCCUAUCAUUUUAGCUAUUUUGGUGUCCUGGCUGCUUUGCUUCAUCUUCACCGUGACGGACGUCUUUCCCCCCGACAGCUCCAAGUAUGGCUUCUACGCUCGCACCGACGCGCGCCGAGGAGUGCUCUUGGUGGCUCCGUGGUUCAAGGUUCCCUAUCCCUGUAA